AUGAGUUACUCUUCAUCAUCGAAUAAGAGCCUUCAGUUCAAUGAUUAUCGAUUCGGUGAGCAAGUGGACAUGGCAAGCACCAGCUCGCAAUCUGUGUCACCUAGAAGCUCACCACAAUACAUGUACAACCACAGCAGCAGAAGCCAUUCAUCCCUCAACAGUCCCUCAUCCCCACUGCAAAGCAUUAUUCCACAACAGCAGCAAGAGCAAUACGUGCAGCCAUUGACCAGAGACAUGCUAGAGAAGAAGGAUAGGUUGGACCUGUUGCUUCAGAAUAGACCCAUGCCAGGAGUAAGAGUGAUCCAGAGACGUCGGAGCAUAUGCAAUGGCAAUAUCUACCGUCAGCUGUACAAUGAAGACAAUUCGCCCAUGACAUUAGCAACGCCAUUCACCAAGAUGGAUUCUGGGGACUCGGAUGCCUCUGUCAACUCUUCCAAUUCGCAGUACGAGGCAAGGUACAAUCAUCCCUAUUCAGGUCAACACGCCAGGCACCGCCGCAACGAGAAGCACCAUCAUAGACAUCCCACAUCGCAUGUAUCACCUUCUCUUGACAGAACAAACAGAAACGACAGCAACAGAAACCGCUCUUAUGGAUCCAUUACCAACAAGAAGCAGUCUACAAAUAGUCGAUCUGUCAACACAAGCCAUGCUCCUAGCAACAACAGCCGUCCAUUCAGCUACCAUGCUCAUCCGCCUGAUGUCUCAGGUCCACCGCGACGUUUCUCGGGCCUAGUUCGACUAUCUGCUGCUCACAUUGCUCUCAGUAGAACCAGGAAAAACAAGAAGCGGCAACGCUAUCAAUCUACCAUGUCUAUUAUUCUCCACAAGCUAAAGAAUAUGGCAUCUCGCGUUGUCAACAGCCGCAUAUCAGAGCCAGCAGACACCAAAAUGUCCGUUGAGGAAAUGACCUCACUAUCAAGGUACCUCUAUGUGCUGAAGCAUGGCUACAAUAAAGACAGCAAGAGCACCAGUGACAAUGAAGAGGACACACAUACAACAACAGAUGGUACUACAACACCUGCCACGUCAAAUCAGCCUCCCAUCACUGGUUUGUUUGAAGAGGAAGAGUUAGGCGACACAAGCAAUAAUAGAGAUCAAGGCAGCAAUGAGCAUGACGAAGAGACAUCUCCACUGCUGUCACCAUCCGAGCCCAAACGAAAGCGAAACCUGAGUAGCCUGGGCAACAUAUUUCCAUUUGCACCUCUAGACCGUAUGCCCAGCCUAUCCAGGUCAGGAUCAGAGAGUAGCCAAAUCAAUUCAGAGUCAGAUCGCCUGUUAUUGCCACCUUCGCCACAGCAAUUUAGAACAUCGCUGCUUGGUCGACAUCAGAAAAAGAGACACUAUCUGGAUAAGGUGUCUACAUGGAUACAGCACGUAUGCCGUCCCAUCCUUCAUAUCCAGCAGUAUCAGCAAGAUCAGCAGGAGCACAAUACCCAAAUUAGAUUUGAGGGAUGGUCCUUAUUUUUGUUUUCGCCUACUAGUUUGACUCGACUCUAUCUGUGGAAGGUGGUGGGCGCAAGGCGAGUAUACAGAAAACGACGUACAAUACGUAGAGCUGACUUGCGCUGA